GAAUCCGAAAGGAAAAGAAACAACGAGUGAAGCAGAGAAAUGGCGACUAACAUUGGGAUCAUGGAUUCAGCUUACUUCGUUGGCCGAUCGGAGAUUCUUUCGUGGAUCAAUUCCACUCUCCAACUCAAUCUGUCCAAAGUCGAAGAGGCAUGUUCCGGUGCGGUCCAUUGCCAGCUUAUGGAUGCCGCCCACCCAGGGAUCGUGCCUAUGCACAAGGUCAAUUUCGAUGCUAAGAACGAGUACGAGAUGAUUCAGAACUACAAGGUCCUUCAGGAUGUCUUCAACAAACUCAAGAUCACUAAGCACAUCGAGGUCAGCAAGCUAGUGAAAGGAAGGCCACUCGAUAACCUGGAGUUCAUGCAAUGGAUGAAAAGAUACUGUGAUUCUGUCAAUUCUGGACACAAUUAUAAUCCUCUGGAGAGAAGGGAGGUUUGCAAGGGAGGAAGAGAAGUGAGCAAGAAAUCGGCAAAUUCCCAAUCCUCAACCAAAGGUGCUACUGCACAGAGACCUCAAUCCUCCCAUAAUGCUCGAAGAAAUGAUGUCUCUACUGCAAACGCUGCAAAUCAGGCUGCAAAGGUCACGAGACCUCCUUCUGCAGCAGGCCCUGUAUAUGAAGAACAGAUAACGGAGUUGAAGUUAUCUAUUGAUAGCCUUGAGAAGGAAAGAGAUUUCUACUUUGCAAAACUGAGAGACAUUGAGAUACUAUGCCAGGUUCCUGAGAUAGAACACUCACCGGUUGUUGCAGCAAUACAGAAGAUAUUAUAUGCUACUGAUGACGAUGGAACAGCUGUAGCUGAAGCUCAAGCUAUGAUUUCUGUUGGUCAUAAGGAAAUAGAAGGAUUGAGCCCCAUUGCUGAGGCUUCCGACGAGAAAUGCAGUUCAGAAACUCACAAGAGAAAGAAUAUAGCCAAUCUUGACUUUGAUGCUACUGGCAUCGCAACUUUGUCUCCCAGACAGAGGCUUUCAGAUGUUUCAGAUGUUCGCUGUAGCGAGUCACCUCUUAUGACUUGUUAAGGAGGGAUCAGGGAUCACCUUAUGUUGUUAAUUCAAUUAGAAACUUGGAAAACUAUCUUC